AUGGGAGGCAUUGGGAAGACUACUCUUGCUCAGUUUGUUUAUAAUGAUGAGAAGGUGAAGGCUCACUUUGUUCUUAAGGCAUGGGUGUGCAUAUCAGACGUUUUUGAUGUCAAACGCAUAACAAAAGAUAUCAUCAAUUCGGCUACCCUUGGCAAUUUUGAUUGUAACAACUUGAAUGAAGCACAACAGAAAUUGCAAGAAGUGCAGCAUGUUCAUUUUGUGUAUUCAGACCUUGCUGAGAGGCGGGAUGAUAUUAUCCGCAAAUGCGAUGGACUACCUUUGGCUGCAAAAACUCUUGGAGGUCAACUACGAAAGAUAGUGGAUAAGGGUAAGCGCCAAAGGAUAUUAGAUAGCCAUAUUUGGAGUGACAAGUGA